AUGAUGAUGAUGUCCCUGAACAGCAAGCAGGCGUUCAGCAUGCCGCACGCGGGCAGCCUGCACGUGGAGCCCAAGUACUCGGCGCUGCACAGCGCCUCCCCGGGCACCUCCGCGUCCGCGGCGCCCUCGGCGAGUUCCCCUAGCAGCUCCAGCAACGCUGGCGGCGGCGGCGGCGGGGGCGGAGGCGGCGGAGGCCGGAGCAGCAGUUCCAGCAGCAGCGGCAGUGGCGGCGGGGGCUCCGAGGCGAUGCGGAGAGCUUGUCUUCCAACCCCACCGAGCAAUAUAUUCGGCGGGCUGGAUGAGAGUCUGCUGGCCCGUGCCGAGGCUUUGGCCGCCGUGGACAUCGUCUCCCAGAGUAAGAGCCACCACCACCAUCCGCCCCACCACAGCCCCUUCAAGCCGGACGCCACUUACCACACCAUGAAUACCAUCCCGUGCACAUCGGCCGCCUCCUCCUCAUCUGUGCCCAUCUCUCACCCCUCCGCGCUGGCAGGCACCCACCACCACCACCACCACCACCACCACCAUCACCAUCAGCCGCACCAGGCGCUGGAGGGCGAGCUGCUUGAGCACCUGAGCCCUGGGCUGGCCCUGGGAGCCAUGGCAGGCCCCGACGGAACCGUGGUGUCCACUCCGGCUCACGCACCGCACAUGGCUACUAUGAACCCCAUGCACCAAGCAGCCCUGAGCAUGGCCCACGCUCACGGGCUGCCCUCGCACAUGGGCUGCAUGAGCGAUGUGGAUGCAGACCCGCGGGACCUGGAGGCGUUCGCCGAGCGUUUCAAGCAGCGACGCAUCAAGCUGGGAGUGACCCAGGCAGAUGUAGGUUCAGCACUGGCCAACCUCAAGAUCCCGGGCGUGGGCUCGCUCAGCCAGAGCACCAUCUGCAGGUUCGAGUCUCUCACGCUGUCGCACAACAACAUGAUCGCGCUUAAGCCCAUCCUGCAGGCGUGGCUGGAGGAGGCCGAGAAAUCCCAUCGUGAGAAGCUUACCAAGCCAGAGCUCUUCAACGGCGCGGAGAAAAAGCGCAAGCGCACAUCUAUCGCCGCGCCAGAAAAGCGCUCGCUGGAAGCCUACUUUGCCAUCCAGCCCAGGCCCUCCUCCGAGAAGAUCGCGGCCAUCGCUGAGAAGCUGGAUCUCAAGAAAAAUGUGGUGCGCGUCUGGUUCUGCAACCAGAGGCAGAAACAGAAGAGAAUGAAAUACUCCGCCGGCAUUUAGGGACCCUACUUCAGGGAUGGCCCUUUUCCUUCGUCCUCUUUUCUUUCCCCUCUUCUCUCUGCCUCUUUUCUUUCUACUUUGGCUAUCAGAAACAAUUCCGGUAAAUGUGAACCCAGAGUAAGCCAGGAGCAAGGGA